AUGGCUCCCGCAAUUGACCCCCCGCAAACCGUCGAAUGGCAGGGCAAGAGAGUCCCCGUCUGGCCGAUUCAGACAAUCGACUAUGGACAGCUGCUCUCGCAGGAUCCCGGCGAGGUAGACAAGGUGCUCAAGGCAUGCCUUGAGGAAGGGUACUUCUACCUCGAUCUUCAGGGAAUCGACGGCCGAAGAAUGCUCGGUGACCAGCAAGAGACUCUCAAGCUUAUGCACCGCUUCUUUGAUUCACCUAUUGAAGCUAAGAAUGAAUUCGGGCUAAUUUCUUCGCACCUUGGCUAUGAGCCGGUGGGCAAUCGCACGGGCGCGUUUGGGGCGGGCACUAAGGACGGAUAUGAGAUGCUGAAGGUGUCGCGAGAUGAGAUUCAGAGGGGUAGUCCCAAGGUCCCGGCCGUGAUCAAGAACAGCGGCGAUCUGCAAGUGUUAGAGAACGCCAUUGGUAGCUGUAACACCAUCACUAAGGUCAUUCUUUCGGCGCUCUCCACCGGGAUGAACCUGACCGGGGCCGCGCGCUUUGAGAACUCUCACCGCAAUGACCGCCCAUCGACCACCACACUAUCCAUGAUGCACUACCUCCCUUCGGAAUUGACCGGCAACAAGAAAAUUGGCCACCAGAAACAUACAGAUAUCAGCUCCCUGACUUUGCUCUUCAGCGAGCAGUGGGGCCUUCAGAUCCGUCCCCCAGGUACGUGUGGUGCCCGCGAGAUGGGCUUCGUCGCCCCGAAGACGGGCUGCGCCUUCGUCCACGUCGGCGAUUCGUUGCGGUUCGCGAGUAAGAUGAAGAUGCAGUCGUGUAUCCACCGCGUCGUGCCCUUCGACUCGACCGAGCACCGCUACUCGAUUGCAUACUUCCUCCGGGCCGAGGACGACACCAUGUUUAUGGACAGCGAGGGCCGGUACGUCACAGCUGGGCAGUGGCAUGACGAGAAGUUCAAAGCGUUCACCGACCCGUGGCAGUGGCAGGCCAUGGCACCCAGUUCGAUGAUUCUGGGAGGCAUGAAGGAGGCUGGGGAGGACGACCCUACUGGUGAGAUGCCUGGGUUUGUGCCUAACCCUGUCGUGACGAAGGAGGAUAUCAAGGAGAUAUCGGUCCAGGCCUGA